AUGGCAGAGUUAUUCGACAACACUACGAUGGUUGCUAACGUCACGGACUCCGUCAAACCGGAAGUAUGGUGGAAAUACGUCCAGGACAACUUUUAUACUGCAGGUUAUGUCAUUACCCCGAUGUUUCUUAUUUUCGGACUUUUUGGCAACAUACUGACCAUCCUCAUCAUGAGCUCGAAGGUGUUUUCCGGUAUGACGUCACGAUACAUCCUAAUCGCACUGGCGAUUUCAGACACCACGCUUCUCCUGACACAGCCGUUCAACAAGCUUUUCGUGAGAAAAAUGAUCGGAUAUGACGUCAGAGCGAUAUCUGACGUGGGAUGCAAAGCGUUCUUUCACAUCUUCAAAACUGGUAAAAUGACAUCAUCUUGGUUGAUCGUUAUCUUAUGUUUUGAACGAUUCAUCGCCGUUGUGUUUCCAUUCAAAGCGAAAGCCAUCAUCACCAUCAAGUCCAUCAUGGCCCUGAUCAUUCUCGACUAUCUUUUCAUUGGAAUCUUCAACGCAGUAUGGACGUUUUCAUCUAUAGUUGUUGACGGAGUCUGCAAACCGGAUAUCACCUACGCUCACACCAAGGAGAAGUACCGCGACUAUCUAAUAGCUGGCUCGUCAUUUUACUCCCUGAUCCCCAUGAUAGUGAUGGCCAUCAUGACGCCCGUUAUCGUCUACCGCCUUCUUCGGCAGAAAAAAAUAAGGAACCGGAUGUCCAAGGGCGGUGGAGCCAGCGCAGAAAAGGCGGAUGCGGACACUCUCCGGAUAUCAGUCAUGCUUAUCGGGGUCGUGGUAGCAUACAUUGCAUUUGUGCUCCCCAUAACCGUGGUCCAUAAUCUCGCUUUCUGGAAAAGCGUCAGCGUGUUUGACACCAACACUCUUCAAUUCUUCUUGAUGAGGGAGGUAGCGCAGAUACUGGAACAGCUGAAUUACGCAGUUAACUUUGUACUCUAUGUACUUUGUUCUACAAAGUUUCGAAAAAGGGCCAUGGAAAUUCUUCACAUCGAUGGAUGCAUUAUGAAAUUGGCCCAACGAAAAUCUUCGUCGAAAAAUACAUCCUUUACUAAUCUUUCGGGUCAGAAACGAAAGCCAGGUCAAUCUAGCUGUAAGGAUAACGAGAAUGGUCAUCAUUCGGACACGGGAGCGUCGUCAGAGCAGGCGGAUGUAGAGAAACCACCUCUAUGUUGCAAAACAUAA